AUGGCGUCGCGAAGGACCUCUGUCCGCGGCAAGCAUGGUUCUUCCGUCACUGCCCUUGCUGCUGCCACUCAGUUGAAAGCCGAUCUCGACAAUCUCCCUUCGGCCUCCGUUCCUUUAUCGCAGAGAGUUUCAAAGAGGCUCCUUGCGAUACCGAAGACCUCCCCUGGUAUGGUGACUUUUACACAUUUCACCCUUGUUCUUGCUCACGCUUUCGUCGCAGUAUUGAAAUCGACUCUGGACACCCCUGCUUCAGCCUCCUCAUUGAGUACACCGAUAACCCCAAGGUACCCGCGCAGAACGCGUGUCACUUCUACCACUGUCCCAACGCCCCCAUCCUCCGUUCCUUAUUUUUUCACUUGGAAUCCUACUUCGCUCGUGGACGAGGCGAACGUCAAGGGAAGUGUCAGUUCCCGACGGCCCCGUUUUUAUGACAUGCACCUCCACGAAGACCUCACUCUCAAGAAAGUCGUCUUGGUCCCUGACAUGGCCUCGCAAAUUGCGAAAGUUGCAGACACAUCACUGAAAAAACAUUACGAUGUUUUCCUGCGUGGAGCCGCAGCCCAGCCAACAAAGAUGACUUUAUCUAGUGUCAAAAUCCGCCACACACAGAGUGAAUCAGAAGUACGGAGCUUUUACCAGGAUGACAUCGCACCUGCCUGCCGGAAAAUGGCAUCGAUGCUCGGUUUAGGAAUUAGCAACGAGACCGUCUUCGGCUGGAGCACCGACCGCCCUGAACAGAAACGAGCUAUGGCCGAUGGGUUUCUUUCGCUCAAAGCGGGCUCAACUACUCUCUGCAAAGAUUUACGGGCGCAUAUCGAUCUCAUUCUGUAUUGGAAGCUUGACAUUCUCGUACUAUGGGAGUUCAAAAGCCUUGCCGCGGGCUGCAGAGGUGUCAUGAUGGCAAUUCGGCAACUGGCCACAAACAACUCUUUCGUCUGGACGGCUUGCACUCCCAGCUGUCAUUGUAACUCGAAGAAGUUCCAUCCGCACGAUAACCCGAGGUUUGUCAGGACGGGAAGGAAAACUGGUCCCGAUGCCCGGUCUCCUCCCUGGACUUUUAUCUCUCCACGAGAGAAGAAGCGUUCAUUUGAUGAUAUGUGGGAGGAUGAUCUUCCAGACGGCGAUCCAACUGAGGAGGAAUAUCCGGUGCCCGACUCCGUGAAAGAGACUAAUAUCACUAAAGCACACGAUAUUCUGCAGCAGGGCUGGGCAGAGGCCGUUCAGUCUGACGCCACUUUUUUUGUGAUCAACGCGGGUCAAUACGAAUAUCUUUGCCUUCGAUACCGGGAGGAACAAACGCUCUAUGUAUCGGACCCGAUAAAAAUCUGCGAGUCAGUUCCCGCCUAUGGGAAACUUCAUACUGGGCUGUAUAUUGCGGCCUUUGAGGACGCACUCGACCGCGCUGAACAGCUGAGACAAAUACAAGACUCACCAAGCCUGGUUUUUGAUCGCCUUUACAGUCGCAAAUAUCCUUAUGAUAGAGUCCAGUACAACCACGUUUUUCAACUCGACAUCGCGUCUCAUGAGGAAGAGAUCGUCGAUCAGGCUAAAGAUCAAGAGCUACUCUUUAAAAUAAGCCAGACACUGGAACAGAACCUUGAAAUCCGAAUACAAUCAAAUGUUCAAGACGUCCUGGAUCAAGCUUAUCAAAUACAGAUACAAAGAUUCCGACGAUUGAACAGUGAAGGCGUUCCGUUUGACGGUCCUGACGGUCCACACACCUUUCUCUUGAGGCUUCAAUCAUUAACUGACAGGGUCUUUGAUUGUACGGCGGUAACACCAGACAAGUCUUUCAGAAAGGAGUUCGUACUAAAAGUGGCAGAACGGAAAUCCGACCAGGUAAAACUUCGCGACGAGUAUAUGAGGUAUCUUUGGCUCAAAGAAGAGGGGUUUACCAACGCGGUGGAAAUGUUUGGGCUAUUCGGAUGCGAGGUGGAUGGGAUGCUGAAAUUGGGACUUCUUUUAUCAUAUGGUGGCGUUUCGCUCUUUCACUCCGCCAGCGUGAUCACAAAGAUAAAGCUGUGGGUGUUGAAAGAAUUAUGUCAGUGCCCAGCUCACCCUUUCAAUAGCGCACGUUUGCAGCCACAAGCCGAGAAGAUUUUGAAGGAUCUCAAGCGGCAUGGCAUCAUGCACCAUGGGCUACUCUUACAGCAUUUCCUUGUCAGCUCGGCAGAUCGCCUCUCGCUAAUCAGCUGGGCACACGCUGAUCAUCAUUUCGGGUCGUUCGAGGAGGGCGUUAGCAUGGAUGAAGAUGACUCGCUUGAACGGCUAGACCUGACUGAAGCAGAGACGGACACAAUGACCGACCUCAUGAAGCAGAGGAGAGCAAAGCGGCGCGAUGAGUUGGAGAACGAAGUAAUGACUCGUAAAUCAAGCUUUUAUGCAACGCCAAUGGCGUCAGCAUCGCCUGAACCUACAGACGAGGAAGAGAUCAAUCUCACCUACAACGCCAAUCCUGCCGUUCUGCAGCAAAGUGAAGAAUACCAGCCCAUCCCCCCCCUGUCAGCGGUGACCUUCCAUGACAAGCAUCUGGAUUCUAGCUUGGUUCUCAAACAUGUUGAAGCGUUGCCUUCACUAGUUGCUGGCUUGUCCGACCUUGCCACAGACCUGGCUAGAAACAUUGCAGAUAACAACAUUUCGUUGCCAAAGGGUCAUAGUUUUCUUGGUGCAACUUGGGAACCAGAAAUGCAAGAUGCGGUGUGUGUGGCGAAACACUACCUGUCGUAUGUUUCGAAGUCGUGUUCAUUCUUGGGUUCAACUUUAGCCUUUCAUCCAACGUGUACCGAAUGGUUUACCAUCAUGUGUUGGAAGAAGCCAUCGGCCACUACAGAAAUUGCUUUUGCAGUGGACGGCUUUUCUCUAUCCAUUUGCCGCACGGAGGUUGAACCUUACAAGUUGGAUUUCUCGCUCCCUUUGGAACAGUUCCUUGAGGACGAGACAAAGCAGGAGUUCCUUGAACUGCUUACUGAGUUUCCUCAUCUUAUCACUGGGCAAAUGUUCGCCGUGACAGAAGAAGCCAAGCAGCUAUUAACGAGACUACUGGAGUGCCCUUUACCUAAAUUUCCCUGGAUAACGUCUCGUACCGAGGGUUCAGCUUACAGUCACCUUACGGGUGCGAAAAUCGGUGGGCCAGAUUCAGCAAAGCUCCCAUGGCUCGAUCAGAAAAAAACCCAACCUCUGGCCUGCGGAACGGAAAAAACGCGGUUAUUCAAAACUUCCCGCCGCAUUAUUGUGCCUUCGCGCAUUGGAACAAAGCGCGGACGCAGACACGAUGACCGCCCAAUUCCAGAUCAAUACCUGCAACAUGCAUGGGCUCAGUCUGUUUUGCAAGAUACUACGUUCAUUCUCUUUCACUGCGGAAAGUAUGACAGAAUUGGGAUUCGCCAUCGCGCAACGCAAACUCUCUACCUCUCCGAUCUGGUUGAUGUGAACACCUGCAAAGAUCCAGCGUAUGGUAAAUUGCAAGUUGGUUUGUAUGUGGCUGCACUGCACGAAAGAAACGGCGUCUACCGGAAGAUGAGACGCCUCCAGCGAGAAGCUCCAAAAGACGACGGCGUUCCAGCGUCGGACUUCAUGCGCGAGAUCGGCCACCGUGAUGUGGCCUUAGUGCGCCUUGUAUAUGGCAUUUAUAACUCUCCUGUUCCUGCGUCCUUCUUGCGCUGCGGCCCCUCCCUUAUACAUGGGAAAGGACCGGCAACGGCCAAAGAAACCAAGCGAAAAGCAGCUUAUAGUGAAACCGAGUAUAUCUCAAUCACCUUAGGGGAUGAGAUAAGCUGGGGAGCCAUUUGCGUUGUUCAUCACGCUACAUUGUCGCUUCGAAUGAGCGACGGUGGGGCUUUCACUCGUCAAACUGUCGCAAAACUCGCGUUUUCCAAGGAAAACCAAGAGUGCCUUCGACAUGAAUUCUCCGUUUAUGCACACUUAUCCACACAUAAAGGCGUCAAAGGCUUGCUUCCGAUCUACGGGCUGUUUCAAGAUAUGGAGGGAGGACCUCUAAUGCUCGUCUUGGGCUAUGGCGGCUCAUCCCUCUUUUCCCGUGAAAAAGAGAGAACUGGGAAAUAUUCUGACCAAGUGAACGUUUCUGAAUCUGAACGUCAAGCUUUUACUGAUGCCAUAAGAAGCAUACAUGAUGCUGGCGUUCGGCAUCGUGAUAUACGCCCACACAACAUGCUCGUUAACGGGCAGGACGUUUACUUUAUCGAUUUCGACCGCGCACAGAUGGUAGCGACUCGGAAAGGCAGAGAAAAUGAGAUGAUACGCUUGAACAGACUGUUCGAGGAUCCUCUUACGAACCCAGCCCACCUGAACACUGAGAUAACUUCUCUUGCUGGCCGCGCUGUGGUCCCCCUUUGGGCCCCACUAUCUCUUUUCGAUACGUUUCCCGACUGUUCUGUAUUCGUCAGUCACCCCCAGUCAGCUAUCGACACCAGUAUGACUGGAUGGACGUUGCGACAAAUUUUGGCAUCUACGAACUCCAAUCACCAUGAUGAUGAUAUUUCUUUCAAGUUUUUUAUUCAAAUUUAUGAAUUCGUGAGGGUGGAGGCGACGCUCGGCAGUGUGGUCGGUAAUGAGUUUCCCUUUGAAAGUCGACAUAAAGAUCAAGCCAUAUGCCAGCACGGGGUGUCAAUGCGGUUGGGCUGUGAGCGAAGUAGGGGACCUGCAGGAUUCGUAGAGGAAGUCGUGGUACCCUAUCCUGAUGUCCUUUGGCGAACGUCGUGCCCCAAACAUAAAUCCAAUGUCCAUAAAGAUAUGCCGCGCGUGAAAACAGGUGGAGUACUCGACCCAGAAUACAGGCUUGUCUGCCAAUGGCAUUCAACUCUGUCGGAGUCUGUCCUAGUCUGUCUUGAGUUGGGAAUUUUGUUGAACAAGACGGGUCCCUCAACGAAACGCAAAUUAAUGAACGCAGAAGAAACACCAGGCGGUCUCCUUAUCGUUCGCGCACCCGAAUCAAUGCCACACUCUCAGAAUACCGCUCACACGAAACCAUCCUCACGAGUCGCAUCCCAACCACCCCCGUCCUACCCAUCCUCAACAUUAGGCGCAGGCCCUUCUAAACCUCCCUCCAAGAAAUUUCGCGCCGGCUCGCAGCCCCCUCUGGCAGCUCGUUCAUCCACCCUACCCACGCUGCAUGACGACCCUCAGCUUGAACAAGACGUCCGAGCCAUGGAAGAUGAAGCUGAUCAUCUCAGACGGAAUUCACGAGCGCACACAACCAUCGACCCUGCUUUCAAUCCCGCGUUUCAGUUUCCCCCUCGCGCAGAAUCUAGCACGACUAAAGGAAAGUCAAGGAUCGUUGAUACGUCAAUUUUGAUUCCAGAGCGCGAAACUCCGAAAAUUGAGAGGAAUAAGCAGCUGAGGGAAGGCGCGAUGGCUGCUAUUGCAAAUGGUCGAUCGUCACGUCCUUUGGAGCAGAAUGGAAAGGGACAAGGGCACCAUCGGAGAAAGAGCUCAGUUAGUGGUAGAGGGAAGCGCAUAAGCACUUCAUUUGAGACGACGGGCGUUAUCGUUCAACCACACAAUUCUGUUGCUGACACCAGCUUUUACAAACACAUUGACUGCGAUCUCCCAGAGGUCGAACGGAUACGCACCCUUCUCAUCUGGUGUUCUCUUCGCGCUGCAGGGAUUUCCGGUUCGAAUGGCACAUCCUCGAGCAAAUCCAAACCACGCCCUUCAUCAACACAACCUCCCCCUCCGCCAUUACCACCCCUAUCAGACAAGGCUGCACAGUUGCUCAAGACUGCUCAAGAAGGCUAUAUCAGGAUGCUAGCGGAAAAGAGGAUCGAUCUUAGCCUCUUCCCACAACAAGCUGCCAAGGACAGCACGACUGAAGUCCUGCGAGACAAUGAGCAGAACGUGAGGAAUCGGUUAUGUGAGGUAAUUUAUUCAGAAAAUAUUCAGAAAGCACAAGCAGAAGAUGAAGCGUGGAAGAAGGUGUCUUACGACUAUGAAGCGUAUACCAAGAAGCUCCAAACCUCUCUGGACAAACGCAACGCUGCCAACACUGCAACAACGGGGGAACCAUCCACACCCUCGGCCAAAGCCAAAGGGAAGCGCCGCGCAACUACAGACACGGAAAUCAGCGCGCUACCUCGUGAACACGAGCUUUCCUCCGAGUUCCAGUGGAGCUCGUCGCUAGCACGAUCAGUUCUAGGAUUGCGCGAUCAGGAUCUGGGUGACGACCGUAUAGCAUGCCCCUCAUCAUCACGGCGACCAGGUACACAGACCCGAGAAGAGCUGGAAUCGGAGCUGGAUCGACGGCUUCCUCUACUUCAGUUCAAAGUUGACCAGCUGUACACUUGGGCGAACGCUGCGAAGCGGACGGUGGACAUUGGGGAAAUGUCUUUGAAUGAGCGGUUCGAGGUGCUCAAUGCGAAUCUGGACGCGAAGCUUCAUCCAAGGGUCCUCUCGUCUCGGUCUGGGUCUGGGCAAGGGUCAGGAGCGAAUGUUCUGGGGAGCUACGUGCGCCCGUCGUCGUCAGCUGUACCAGGGGGUACGGUAGCCCCAUUGGAGCUGCUCCGCGCGCUGGGGAGGGUGGAUAAGGAGCGUCCGCUUGCGUUGGUGGGUGAUGAAGCGCGCAGAGCGGCGAGGGAGGUGCAGAGGAGGGAGGAGAGUGGGAUUGGGGCUGUGGGGGAUCGGAGGUUGACUGUUACGGUUAUUCCUGCAACGCCUAGAAAGCCGCCCGGGACGCCCAGGCGAGAUAAGGAAAGGGAGAGGGGUGGGACGCCUGGGAGGGAGAGGAGUAGAAGUAGGACGCCUGGGAGGGAACGGUGA